AUGGCCACCACUGUUGACCAGAAUUCAGUCGAACAAUAUCCCAGCAUUGAAAACAACUACAUCACUCCUAACGGCGGGUACCAGACACUUGACCCGGGGUCACAAAGGACAAACAGUGACCGAAAAGUGCAGCACCAACGCAAUGAAUCAUCAUACUCCAGAAACCUUUCCAUAUUAGACUCGUACGCACAGGAGGACAGUCCUUCUCGACGAAAUAGUUAUGUAGAUGUUGGGACAGUCUCUCCGUUGGAAGAUAUUAAUUCCGAAAAUUCCGUCAUCAAAAGUUUGGAAGGGUCUACCCCAAACAAUAGUUCAAACUAUCUUGAACCUAAUGGCUAUGUUUCCAUCGAUAAUUCAUCAGCCACUGCAAUUGAUACUACACCAGAUGGCGAAUGUUAUGUCAAGCCCACCACAGCGGAAUCAGAUGCAGAAGUUUUGAAAUCAAACCUAGAUCGUUAUGGAUUUAAAAAGACCUCAUCCCAAGGACGCUCAAUCGAAGACUAUAACAAUUGGUUUAAACAGUAUUCGGAAUACACCAUAAGGCGUAAAGGGAAAUGGGAAAGAUCAAUGAGAGACCAUGGAUUAAAUAUAGUCUCGGAAAGCAACAAGUUUACGCAAGAUCCUGGAAAGGAGGAAAUCCCUACUCGCUUUCCACCAAAAUCCGACAAGAUAAAGAAAAUGGUGAGACGAGGCAUCCCUUCAGAAUGGCGUGGCAAUGCUUGGUUCUUUUACGCAGGAGGAUAUGACAAGCUUCGCAAACACAAGGGGGUUUACAAGAAGAUUCUUGAGGAGACAAAGGAUAUACAAAACAAGGAAACCGAAGUGAUUGAGAGGGACUUGUUUCGAACUUUUCCCGACAAUGUCUACUUUAACUCUUCGAUAAGUAAAGAUGUCUCACACUCGAGCGAUGUUAGCUAUGUCAGGGAAGAAACCAAGUUAAUAAAGUCAUUGAGAAGGGUGUUGACUGCAUUUGCUCAUUACCAACCACAAAUCGGAUAUUGCCAAUCGUUGAAUUUUCUUGCUGGCCUACUCCUACUCUUUAUGGAUGAAGAGCGCUCGUUUUGGAUGUUGGUCAUUUUAACCGAAAAGAUUAUUCCUAAUGUCCAUCUGGCGGAUUUGGAAGGCGUCCAUACUGACCAAGGAGUUUUAAUGCUCUGUGUCAAAGAAUACUUGCCAUCCUUGUGGGACAUUUUGGGGACCAACUUUGAGGGCGAGAGAUUGAAGGAGGAUAAUAUACUAGCUAGGUUACCACCGGUAACCUUGGUUACUUCAUCAUGGUUCAUGUCUCUUUUUGUUGGUGUCUUGCCCGUGGAAACAGCGCUACGAGUUUGGGAUGUUUUAUGGUAUGAAGGCUCAAAAACAAUUUUUCGGAUCUCGCUAACAAUUUUCAAAUUGUGUAUAGAUUCACCUGAAUUUCAAAAUAAAGAGGGUCCCGGAACUGAGGAAAACCAGCAGAUUGAGUUGUUUCAAUUUAUGCAAGGUUUCCCUAAACGGAUUUUAGAUCCUAAUUUGUUAAUUGAUCAUUGUUUUAAGAAGAUUGGAGGGUAUGGGUUUGGAUCAUUAUCUCAAGGUGAAAUUGAUAAAUGUCGAGAUUUUGUCGCAAGGCAAAGACAAAGGAUGCAUUUGAAUACUAAACGUAAGGAUUUAACUGAGAUGACAGAGGAGGAGAAACAAAGUCUACUAAAUUCCACAAAUGAUGCCGACAAGGAAAACAUUCAUGAUGUUUAUGGAUUUCAUAGGCCCAUUAUGAGUGGUAUUGUAUGGAACAAGAGCAUUAGCAACAAGAUGAAGAGAAGACUUACAGGGAAAAAAGGAUAA